CCUUGCUGUGUGUUUUUCAAUGCAGAGGUCGGGUGACGCCCCUCCCCUGCCUCCACAGCAUCAGCACCUCCGAACGGAAAGAGACCUGCUCCGGGAGGAGGAUGUUCUCCGGCCCGCCAUGCUCAGCAGCUCCGGGGGCCGCAGGCUGACGGAGACGCGGCGGACGAGGGAGGGCUGCUCUGCCGCUCCACUGCUUCCAUUCAAGGCGAGCUAUUCAUGCGGGAGCGGCGGCGGGAGCUCGCCGCGGGGACGCCACUGAAAUAGAGCAUCAUGGAGCGGCGGGCUUCGUUGCGGCGUUUCAUGUAGGUCAAAGUGAUGAAGAGCCCCACUCCCGUCCUUUGAGCGUGGAAACAGGGGCUUUAAAGGGCGAAGCGGGGAAACAAUGGGGAUCCAGCCCCCCUCCUCUGACGCACCUGGCCGCCCUGCCGCCUCCUGAGAUGACAGCGCAGAGCCGGGGGCAGAGCAGCAGGAUCAGGGGGCACCGACGUGCAGCCGGACGCGCGGACUCGACCAGGGCCAGAGGAGCCUGCGGGGGCUCGGCGGACAGGCAGCAGCCCGGGAGAGGCCGGAUUGCGGUUUCUGGGGACGAGCGCCAAGGGCAGUGCGGCAGUCAGCAGACAGACCGGGGGGAGGAGGCUGCGCAGGUCUGGGAUCUGCUUCCCCCAGCAGCAACUCUCCUGGUCCCCCCCCAGAGCAGGAUGGUACAUGCUUGAGCAGUGACAGUGGUCUCCUGUCGUCUUUCCUCUUCCUCUUCCCACAAACCCUGGAUUCUUAUGUGCAAAGCUUAGUUCUGCUCUUCAGGCAGGGGUGGAACCCCGAGGGGACAGAUGAGCAGAUACCACUGCCUCCCUUCCUUGCUGUCACUCAUCGCGCUCGCCGUCUGCAGAAUGGGCUGUAUUCAGAGCAUUGCUUGCAAGCCCCGUAUCAGGCGGGAGAACAUUGUGGUGUAUGAGGUCUCUGCCUCCAUAGACCAGUGCCCCACCAUCAUUGAGGAGAACUCUCCAAUUGUGCUGCGUUAUAAAACGCCCUACUUCAGAGCCUCGGCGGGAGUGGUGAUGCCCCCAGUGCCCCGCAAUGAAACCUGGGUGGUGGGAUGGAUCCAGGCCUGUACACAGAUGGAGUUUUAUAACACCUAUGGUGAUAUUGGCAUGUCCAGCUGGGAGCUUCCAGAGCUGCGAGAGGGUCGGGUCAAGGCCAUCAGCGACUCGGACGGUGUGAGCUACCCCUGGUACGGGAACACAACAGAGACAGUCACCCUGACCGGCCCCACGUCCAAACCGUCCCGGCUGACUGUCAGCAUGAACGACAACUUCUACCCCAGCGUGACCUGGGCAGUUCCCAUCAGCAACAGCAACACCCCCAUGCUGACCCACAUCACCAGGGAUCAGAGUUUCAUCACCUGGCUGGUGGCCAUGAACUCUGUCACCAAGGAGCGCAUCGUGCUGCAGACGGUACGAUGGCGCAUGCGGGUCGACAUCGCUGUGGAUCCAGACAUGCCUCUGGGCUCUCGAGCCUCGCUGGUCGGUCGUCCCUACCAGGAGCAGCCACACAUCCUCAACUACCAGGAACCCAUCCCGCCAAACGCUCUGGGGAGACCCAACGCCAACGAUGCCCAGGUGUUGAUGUGGAGGCCUCGGAGAGGAGCGCCGCUAGUGGUCAUACCACCAAAAUAAGAGCAUAGAACUGUUGCAGCCACAGAAAUAAAAUCAUCUCCGAAUCUCUGAGAGAUUCAAGAGGAGAUCUGCUUUGAGCCAAACCCAAUCAGCGAGCAGACGUCCAGCAGAAAUUCCGUCUACAGCCGACUUUCCAGAAGGAUUUCAGGGACACUGGCACACUUUGAACUGGAGGCCUAGGUCCAUCUGCAUUUGAACACCAACGACCCGUUUUUAGCAGUAUUAGCCUGCAACAAGAACUGCAUCCUGCAUCCUUAUGUAGACCUUUUUGCAUGACAGUAAGAAUGAGACUAACAGAUGCUCCCAUGAGAACUCUAAGGUUAGCAUUUGUUUUGUAUAAGUUUGUACCGAUCGAGCUGGUUUAGCCUCGUCUGUGCCUGCAGUGGCCUCCAGCAUCAGCAGUUAUGAAAGGAGGCUUUUGCUAGAAGCUAAAGUAGUGUUUGCUUCUCUUUGGCCUAAGACUGAAGUCACUCUCCUCUCAGUUUGUGUUGACAGAGAAAACAGCUUUAGUUUGGCUGAAACACCAACCUGCAGUCGGCUCCCCGGAGCUGAUGCUGCGUUCAGGAGGUGUCAGAGAAACGAGCUGCGCCUUUGCUGCAUCAGAUCAUUCAUGUUAGACAUGUUUUCUAUAGGUGCAGUUUAACGAGAGGGGAUACGUUUAAAACCAGGGGGGCAGUUCUGAGGCCAAGUGUAUUUCUGAUGUGGCACUGAUCAGUUCACCUUGCCAAUAAAGUUGCAUCAAUCUUCCUAUAGCAAGGUGAUGAAAAGGUCCUUUGUUGAAGAGAAACCUGCA